AUGCUAGAGAGAGGUAUACCGUUCUUAAUGACAACCUAUGGGAUCAGAAGGGGCUUCUAUGUUGUUGAUCCUACCCAAAUUGAUAAGGAAAUGUACUGGUAUGCGGCAACUCUUGAUGGUAUGGAAAAGUUAUCCAAACAUGUAACCUUAGCAGAACUGAAGGAAAUGCAAGUCAAUGUCCCCUUGAUGAUCACAGGUACAGGUGCCAUCAACGACGAAGGCAUUCGGUUUGGAAAAGGCCAUGGCUAUUUUGAUUUGGAAUGGGCAAUGCUGUACACCAUGGGCAUCAUCGAUAUCGAACAGACUAAAUGCGUGGCCAUCGUCCAUGACGUCCAGCUACUAAGGGGCAUCAAGCUAAAACCGGAGAUCUUUGACACCGUAUGUGAUUUCAUCGUUACAAACUCUACAAUCAUCUCCGUCCCUAACGCAGUCAAGCCAAACUGCGGAAUAAUAUGGGACAUGUUGGCACCUGGAAUGCUAGAGGAAAUUGAACCAUUGAAUGAACUCUCGAAAAUGAACACAACCAUCAAGAUCAAUUAA